AAGAAAGGGUAUUUUGUGGAUGCUCUACUUUUCUUGGAAAUGCAAAAGAUUAUGCAUAUAUCUGUCCUCCUUUCUCCUGUUUUGUGGGGACUGAUUUUUGGUGUCUCUUCUAACAGCAUACAGAUAGGGGGGCUGUUUCCCAGGGGCGCCGAUCAGGAAUACAGUGCAUUUCGGGUAGGGAUGGUUCAGUUCUCCACUUCGGAGUUCAGACUGACACCCCACAUCGACAAUUUGGAGGUAGCCAACAGCUUCGCAGUCACCAAUGCUUUCUGCUCCCAGUUUUCAAGAGGAGUAUAUGCUAUUUUUGGAUUUUAUGACAAGAAGUCUGUAAACACCAUCACAUCAUUUUGUGGAACGCUCCAUGUGUCCUUCAUCACUCCCAGCUUCCCGACAGAUGGCACCCAUCCAUUUGUCAUUCAGAUGCGACCGGACCUCAAAGGAGCUCUUCUCAGCUUGAUUGAGUACUACCAAUGGGACAAGUUUGCAUACCUCUACGACAGUGACAGAGGCUUGUCCACCCUGCAGGCGGUGCUGGAUUCCGCUGCCGAAAAGAAGUGGCAGGUGACGGCCAUCAACGUGGGGAACAUCAACAACGACAAGAAGGACGAGACCUACCGCUCGCUCUUCCAGGACCUGGAGCUCAAAAAGGAGCGGCGUGUCAUCCUGGACUGCGAGAGGGACAAAGUCAACGACAUCGUGGACCAGGUUAUUACCAUUGGAAAACAUGUUAAAGGGUACCAUUACAUCAUUGCAAAUCUGGGAUUUACCGAUGGAGACCUAUUAAAAAUUCAGUUUGGAGGUGCAAACGUCUCUGGAUUUCAGAUAGUGGACUAUGAUGACUCCAUGGUAUCUAAGUUUAUAGAAAGGUGGUCAACACUGGAAGAAAAAGAAUACCCCGGAGCACACACGACGACAAUUAAGUAUACUUCCGCUCUGACCUAUGACGCCGUUCAAGUGAUGACCGAAGCUUUUCGAAACCUACGGAAGCAGAGAAUUGAAAUCUCCCGAAGGGGGAAUGCAGGAGACUGUCUGGCAAACCCAGCUGUGCCCUGGGGACAAGGGGUAGAAAUAGAAAGGGCUCUCAAACAGGUGCAGGUUGAAGGUCUCUCAGGAAAUAUCAAGUUUGACCAGAAUGGAAAAAGAAUAAAUUAUACAAUUAACAUCAUGGAGCUCAAAACGAAUGGGCCACGGAAGAUCGGGUACUGGAGCGAAGUCGACAAAAUGGUUGUUACUCUCACCGAACUCCCUUCUGGAAACGAUACUUCUGGGCUUGAGAAUAAGACUGUGGUCGUCACUACAAUUUUGGAAUCUCCAUAUGUUAUGAUGAAGAAAAAUCAUGAAAUGCUUGAAGGCAAUGAGCGCUACGAGGGCUACUGUGUUGACCUGGCUGCAGAAAUAGCCAAGCAUUGUGGGUUCAAGUACAAGUUGACCAUUGUUGGGGAUGGCAAGUAUGGGGCCAGGGAUGCAGACACGAAAAUUUGGAAUGGGAUGGUUGGAGAACUUGUAUAUGGGAAAGCCGAUAUUGCAAUUGCUCCAUUAACCAUCACCCUUGUGAGAGAGGAGGUGAUCGAUUUCUCAAAGCCCUUUAUGAGCCUCGGGAUAUCAAUCAUGAUCAAGAAGCCUCAGAAGUCCAAACCGGGAGUGUUUUCAUUUCUUGAUCCUUUAGCCUAUGAGAUUUGGAUGUGCAUUGUUUUUGCCUACAUAGGGGUCAGUGUAGUCUUAUUCCUGGUCAGCAGAUUUAGCCCCUACGAGUGGCACACUGAGGAGUUUGAAGAUGGAAGAGAAACACAAAGUAGUGAAUCAACUAAUGAAUUUGGGAUUUUUAAUAGUCUCUGGUUUUCCUUGGGUGCCUUUAUGCAGCAAGGAUGCGAUAUUUCGCCAAGAUCCCUGUCUGGGCGCAUUGUUGGAGGAGUUUGGUGGUUCUUUACCCUGAUCAUAAUCUCUUCCUACACGGCUAACUUAGCUGCCUUCCUGACGGUAGAGAGGAUGGUGUCUCCCAUUGAAAGUGCGGAGGAUCUUUCUAAGCAAACAGAAAUUGCUUAUGGAACAUUAGACUCUGGCUCCACUAAGGAAUUUUUCAGGAGAUCUAAAAUUGCAGUGUUUGAUAAAAUGUGGACCUACAUGAGAAGCGCAGAGCCCUCGGUGUUCGUGAGGACCACAGCCGAAGGAGUGGCCAGAGUGCGCAAGUCCAAAGGGAAAUACGCUUACUUGCUGGAAUCCACCAUGAACGAGUACAUUGAGCAGAGGAAGCCUUGCGACACCAUGAAAGUUGGUGGGAACCUGGAUUCCAAAGGCUAUGGCAUCGCCACACCUAAAGGAUCCUCAUUAAGAAAUGCGGUUAACCUCGCAGUACUAAAACUGAAUGAACAAGGCCUGUUGGACAAAUUGAAAAACAAAUGGUGGUACGACAAAGGAGAGUGCGGCAGCGGGGGAGGUGAUUCCAAGGUCAGCCCCAUAAACCUUGCAGUAUUGAAACUCAGUGAGCAAGGCGUCUUAGACAAGCUGAAAAACAAAUGGUGGUACGAUAAAGGCGAGUGUGGCGCGAAGGACUCUGGAAGUAAGGAAAAGACCAGUGCCCUCAGUCUGAGCAACGUUGCUGGAGUGUUCUACAUCCUUGUCGGGGGCCUUGGCUUGGCCAUGCUGGUGGCUUUGAUUGAGUUCUGUUACAAGUCAAGGGCCGAGGCGAAGCGAAUGAAGAUGACCUUGAACGACGCCAUGAGGAGCGAGGAGAGGCUGUCAGUUACAGGAAGUACUGGAGGAAAUGGACGUGUUAUGACUCCAGGAUUUCCAAAAGCAAUGCAUGCUGUCCCUUACGUGAGUCCUGGCAUGAGAAUGAAUGUCAGUGUGACUGAUAUCUCGUGAUUGAUAAGAACCUUUUGAGUGCCUUACACAAUGGUUUUCUUGUGUGUUUAUUGACAAAGUGGUGAGAGGCAUCCAGUAUCUUGAAGACUUUUCUUUCAGCCAAGAAUUCUUAAAUAUGUGGAAUUCAUCUUGAGUUGUAAGGAAUGGUCACCUAAAAACACAACAUCCUUUUCUACUCCAGUUCCAGACGAAGCUUGGUGGACACGCACAGCUACCAUGGAAGUACUCUAAUUUCACUGACGUCUUUGUACAGACAACAAAUCCGUUUCUGCAG